CACCUGAAGCUUCAGCACAAAUGCCCUCACACCAUAGCCGAAUGCGUCAACCACACGGUAACCAGCCAGGGGCACCUCACCAACAACAACCCUUCUACCUUGUCGAGGCCUAAAGCAACAGGAUACGGUCAAAGACAAAGACCACAAGAGGCAACUUGGUGGACAAAGGUCAUUCAGUCUCAUCCAAAGCCAUGGGGUACUCAAGUCUUGCUGUGAUGCUGUCUGUUACCAUGAUCCACCUAGCGUCAGGAAUGAGCUUUGUGACCCCGGAGCCUGAUACUCCACCCACUUCAACCCCAGACUCUUAUCCACUGGGUGACCUGAUCCAUGCUGCCCUUCAGAGUAAGGAAUACCUGGGACAGGCUUCUGUAGGCACAGAUACAACCACCAACCCGACGCAGGCUGUGCCAGGGCUUGGGCAGACUGAGUCUGCAGCUACAGUCAUAUCACCAGGGGUGCUUACCACAGCUUUAACCUCAUCUUCUGCAGCCAGCCAGCCGGGAUCAAGAAAUGCAAUGUCCUCACCACCAGAGGAGGAGACGACUACGACUCUGAUCACCACAACAACCAUAACCACAAUGCAUGUGCCAGUUCAGUGCAAUGCCACUUUGUCAGCGAUGGAGGACGUUGUGGAGUCCCCAGACCCUGCAUCAUCAUCUGCUUUUUCCCCUCUGGAGUGCACCUACAGCAUCACUGUGUAUACAGGCUAUGGUGUGGAAAUUCAGGUGAGGAAGGUUAACCUGUCUAAGGAAGAGUCUCUGACAAUCCUGGGAUAUGGAGGUUCAGGACCAGAGCUGUUAGCCAAUGAGACCCUGAUGAGAGAGGGUCAGGUGAUCCGGAGUUCAACCAAUCAGGUGCACAUUCACUAUCGCAGUCUCCGACAGACCAAUCACGGCGUGUUCAGCCUUCACUAUCAAGCCUUUCUGCUGUCCUGCCCGUUCCCUCUGUCUCCUGAGGGGGGUGGAGUGACAGUGACAGACAUCCAUCCCGGAGGACAGGUCCACUUUCACUGCGAUCCGGGUUUCCAGGUUCGGGGCCAUGAGCUGGCCACCUGUGUCAACACGACACAGCCGCACUGGAGCACUCCUGAGCCACAGUGUGUCGCUGUGUCGUGUGGUGGGUGGAUCCGUAAUGCAACAGUGGGCCGGAUAUUAUCACCACCCCCUCCAUCUGUCAGCAACCACAGCAAUGGAAACAACCUGAGCUGCCACUGGUUAAUAGAAGCCAAGGAGGGACACAAACUCCACCUACAUUUUGAGAGGAUUGCACUGGAUGAGGACGACGACAAGUUAAUUGUGCGCAGUGGGAACAGUUCCCUGUCUCCGCCGCUCUUUGACUCAGAUCUGGAUGAUGUUCCUGAACGUGGGCUGCUGAGUGAGAGCUCCACGCUGUAUCUGGAGCUCACAGCUGACUCCUCCUCCAUCCCUCUGCUUCUGGCACUGCGCUAUGAGGCUUUUGAUGGUGAGCAUUGCUGGGAGCCCUACAUGCCCCAUGGAAACUUCAGCAGCAGUGACAUCACCUAUCAGCUGGGCACUGUCGUUACCUUCACCUGCUCUCCAGGAUUCGUCAUGGAGCAAGGUUCAGGGACUAUUGAGUGUGUCGACCCCAGCGAUCCACACUGGAACGAGAGUGAGCCUGUGUGCAGAGCUCUGUGUGGAGGGGAGCUGACCGAGCCCUCCGGCACCAUCCUGUCUCCUGAUUGGCCACAGAGCUACUCCAAGGGGCAAGACUGCGUUUGGCAGAUCCAUGGCAGCGAGGAGAAACGUAUCGAACUGGAUGUACAGAUUUUGAAUAUCCGCCACACUGAUGUGCUGACUAUUUUUGAUGGACAUGAUCUCAUGUCCCACGUGAUCGGCCAAUACCUGGGGUCCAAAGAGCGCUUCCAGGUUGUAUCUGGUGGGUCAGAGGUCACCAUUCAAUUUCAGAGUGAUCCAGAUGAUUCCAGUUUCAUCCUAAGUCAAGGAUUCCUUAUUCAUUAUCGCGAGGCUGAGCCAAAUGACACCUGCCCCACCCUCCCUCAAAUUGAGUUCGGCUGGAUCAGCUCCUCCCACUCCUCUCCUGUCAGAGGCAGCGUGUUGACCUACCAGUGCCAACCGGGAUAUGAUAUCAGCGGCUCCGACAUCAUCACAUGCCAGUGGGACCUUUCCUGGAGCAGCAGUCCACCUACUUGUGUCAAAGUCCAGCAGUGUCCCGAUCCUGGCGAGGUGGUAAAUGGAGCGCGCUCGGUGCGUCCUGAGGCUGGUUUUGCAGUCGGGACGGUGGUGCGUUUCUCUUGUAACCAGGGUUAUCAACUGGAGGGUCCCAGCCAAAUCUCCUGCCAUGGACGGGAUACUGGCACCCCUAAAUGGAGCGACCGCAGCCCAAAGUGUGUCUUAAAAUAUGACCCGUGUCCAAACCCUGGUGUUCCCGACAAUGGGUACCAAACGUUAUACAAACAUAGCUACCAGGCAGGGGAAUCGCUGCGUUUCUUCUGUUAUGAGGGCUAUGAGCUCAUUGGAGAGGUCAUUAUCAACUGCGUCCCAGGCCAUCCAUCCCAGUGGAACAGCCCACCACCAUUUUGCAAAGUGGCAUAUGAGGAGCUUUUGGAUGACCACAAAUUAGAAGUGUCCCAGUCAUUCGAGCCUUCCCAUCAGAUACUGAGCGAGAACAUUGCCUUGGCAAUAAUUCUGCCCAUCAUUCUCGUCAUUCUUUUGAUUGGAGGAAUUUACAUGUAUUACACAAACAUAUGCAGACUAGAGUGGAAGCCUCUUUUCUGGAAGUCUCUCUCUCACACACACUCCUACAGUCCCAUCACAGUUGAGUCAGAUUUCAACAACCCUCUUUAUGAGGCGGGGGACACACGGGAAUAUGAAGUAUCCAUUUAAAGAAAGUGUCUUGAGGGGAAUUCACAACCACAGAAAGAUUUGAUUCUUUUGGAAGUCAAGUUCUUUACUCUAAGAUGGCCUCACUCCCUUUUUAACAUUCUUUUCCCUUAUAUCUUUCUGUUGAACCAUCGCCAUGCGCUUGUGUUACCAAUUACAGGCUUGCUUCACACAACAUUUUCUUUGCACACUUGUGGUGGUCUCCUAAAUGUGGGCUCCUCUUCACAGUCCAGCUUUAAGUAUCACUAGGACUGGUGCCUUAUGGGUAAGAAAUGAGUAACGUGGAGGAAAUGACAGAGCUGGGGGCAUAAGAGCAGGAGGGCUGACGAGGUGAAGGGAAACGGAUUUGCUUAAUAUCUUAAAUUAUUAUGAGGCCAAAACAUUGGAGAACUUGGCAAUACUUUAUAUGUAACAAUCAAAGGUAACACUCAUAAGCAAAAAUGUUGAAUGUUUUUUUUUUUCCUUUAAAUUUGAUUGUGGCUUAUGUUCUAUUUUGAGAUGUAUUAAAGGGGAAGAAUACUUUUUUAAAAUAAUGAUAAAGAUUUUUGAGCUCAACGGUCAUUUUCUCUCUCUCUCUCUUCCUCUCUCUAUCUUUGUCUGUAUCACACAUACACAAAUUGAAUGUAAAUAUUUGACUUAAUAUUUAUUGAGGCUGAUAUAUAUAUAAAUAUAUUUACCUGUAUAUAUAUAAGCCUCAUAUAUAUACACUUAUACAUGGUGGCGGAAGGUUAUAUAUUUUCAUUAUAUAUAUAUGUAUAAUGGAAAUUCAGUGCCAAAAUAUAAUGUUAAAUAAUUUAAUGUCCCUAAGUGUUUCAUCUCUUGUUGCCAUAGUGUUUACAAAGCCAGUGUUUAAUUUUAUUCUUUGCUGUUUCUGAGUGCAUUUUCACCCAAUGUCACAGGACAUGUAAGAAAAGGUGAGGACAUGAAUGUCAUUAUGCUUAUAGCAUGCACUGAUUGUAAAUUUUAUUGCUUCUGCUAUAUCUCGCCAUUACCAUUAUAGUUAUUGACAGUUAUCAUUGUUAUCAGAUUUGAUGUUGUAUGCACUAUGUUGAUGAAAAACAAACUUGGCUGCUUGCUGUAAUGCAUUAUGUAUUUAUUUACAACGGAUUGUUUGAGCAGUGAAUUUAGUUUCAUUCACUGUGCCAAAUGAAGGAUCUUGGAAACUUGCUUUGUAGACUUAAUUCUUCUCUUAUCAUCAGUAGCAUUUCUUUGCUUCAUAUAUAUAAAUACACUCUUUUGAAGGCAGUAAUUUAUUUGCUGAACUUGAAAUAAAGUCUCUGUUGAAUGGUGUAACA